UUGGUUGGAAAAAACAUGGCGGUGCCCAGUUCGGAGGCGGGUGGUCGGCAGUUGCGAUCGGGAAAAAACAACCGGAUCCUGUUGGUGCGACAUUUGCCCGCCGUCUUGACGGCCUCGGAGAAGGAAGAAUUGCUGAGGCACUUUGGAGCUUCGUCAGUGCGGAUCCUUUCGGACUACGGCAGGCUGAAACAUACAGCUUUUGCAACUUUUCCCAAUGAAAAUGCAGCUACUCAGGCUUUAUCAAAAUUACAUCAGCUGAAUCUUCUAGGCCACACUCUUGUAGUUGAAUAUGCAAAGGACCAAGACAGUGGUCUUGCAAUUAGCCAGCCUCCUGAAAAAGACAAAAGUCUUGAAGAACCUGUCAAAGAAGAGAAGGAACAAAAAGACCUAAGCUAUCUGAGAAUUGAAAGUGGAAUUGCUCCUAGCCAUGGGUUAACGUUCCCUAUAAAUUCGUGCCUCAAAUAUUUGUAUCCCCCACCGUCUAGUACAAUCUUAGCCAACAUAGCAAAUGCUUUGGCAAGUGUUCCUAAAUUCUAUGUACAGGUUCUGCAUCUUAUGAACAAAAUGAAUCUUCCACCUCCUUUUGGACCAAUUACUGCUCGGCCACCCAUGUAUGAAGAGUUUAUCCCUUUGCCACCUCCUAUUCCUCCUUUGCCUCCUGAGGAGCCUCCAUUGCCUGAAGACGACGACAGCCAAGACUCAAAUAAAGAUGAGUCUGAAUACGAAAGUGCCGAUGAAGAAGAAAAAGAAAGAUUUACAAAAUUGAUGGAACUAGCAACACUUCAGCCAAAACGACAGAUACCAACAAAGCAGCGCCAUGCAAGAAAAAAGAGAAAGAUAAAGGACUUAUUAAAUGUUUCCCUAGUUGCUCCACCCAGUAAUUUGCACCCAGCUUUGACACCUUCAGAUGUGUUUGAGCAGCCACAAACCAUAGGUAUCAAGAAGAUUGAAUUCAACAUUUCUGCAGAUACGCCUACUAUUCUUCAGAAAAGCCUUGAAAAGGAGAACAAUGAUGACUCUUGCUCGUCAGCUGAUGAUAUAGCUAAUGAAGGAUUUGGAAAACUUUUCCCGGCUCCCAGUUCUAAUCAUAAAGAGGACACAGAAGAUGAAGAGGAUGAAAUUCCUUCAGAAUUUGUUUCUAAAAGAGAGUUGGAAAAAGGCAGAAUCUCAAAAAAAGAAAUGGGAACACUUUAUGUCUUCAAAAAUUAUGACCCCGGAGAGCCAAACUGCCGAAUUUAUGUGAAGAAUUUAUCUAAACAAGUUCAGGAAAAGGAUUUGAAAUUUAUUUUUGGAAGAUACAUUGACUUUUCAUCAGAAACUGAACGAAUAAUGUUUGAUAUACGCUUAAUGAAAGAAGGCCGCAUGAAAGGACAAGCUUUUAUUGGUCUUCCUAAUGAAAAAGCAGCUGCAAAAGCGUUAAAAGAAGCAAAUGGCUAUCUCUUAUUUAAUAAGCCAAUGGUGGUUCAAUUUGCUCGAUCAGCAAGACCAAAGCCAGAUUCCAAAGAGGAGAAGAGAAAAGGGAAAAAAAACUGAAAAAACAUUCCUGCGUAAAUACUGCAAUAAUACUGUGUCAUGAAAAGUGUAUCCUUUCUUGUUGUAUCCUUUUUGUGAAUCUUUUUAUUCUGGAAAAACCUUAUUUUCUAGCACUGAAGUAGACAAAAUGUAGUAGUACAGGCUGAAAUAGUAAUUCUUCUUUCAUUUAACAGGGCAUCCACAGAUUUUUCUAGCCUUUAAAUGUGCCUUUUAAAAUCCCAAUUAUGGUGGCCAGGCCUUCAGUAAGUGUAAGUGCUCUGCUUACGUUGGUAGAGCUUAAAUGCUGUAUUGUAUACUAACUGAUGGCCUGGACUCAAGUAACCACUGCACUUAAAUUACAUUAGAGAAUAUUGACUUCCAAUAUCAUGGGGGUCCAGGGAGAAAAAUGAACUCUUUGUAUGUAGUUAUGUGCUUCUUUUGAUCUACAACUCAGCUGUUACUAUCAUGUAUUUUUUUAAAUUUCUUUGAUUUCUGUGGCUGCCCAUCUCAAUAGGUCGGUGGUGUACACCAUGAAACAUAAAAACGGCCCAUCUUGCUUAGGAUUUUGUUCUAUAUGAAACAGAGUAAAGCAUAAUAGCACUUAAAGACCAUUGGAUUCAACUGGCCUUAAAGACCAGCUGGCCUUCCAACGAAUAGAAGGACUUCUUCCUUGAAUAAAAGGAACUGUAAGCUAGAGGAUACUUAGGAAGGAGGAGGCAGUUCUGGCCCCUAGACUAGUACUUGCCCCGUGGGGAGAGUCUCCCAGUUUUCAGGAGCAGAUUUUCAAGAAGGAGAACAAAUCACAAUUUUUCUCUUUUCCUCCAGUGAGAUCAUCCUGCUCAGUAAAAUUUCACCCAAUGGAAAGUAUGGGUUCAAGUCUUAGCUUGGCUUUUUUUUUUUUUAAAUGAAGUCUUUUCUGUUGAGUAAUAUAUGGGUGUUUAACGCAUUUUUAAAUUAUUCCAGGUGCGUUUUUGAGUUCCAUGUCUUUCAAGUGUGUUCGAGCUCUGGGAAGAAGAUGCAUGGUAGCAGAACUGUUGAAUAGUAUGUAAAAAAAGUACGCAAAAUACCAUACAACAUUCUGGUAAUUUUAGGUGCAUCUGUCUUUUUAAACAAAACUCUUCCAAUGGUUCACAUAGCACUUGUGGAAAAUGCUUCACUUAAAGCUCUAAUAAAAUAUUCUGUUUUGCAUUGUUA